AAGUCGAGAGAGCGGCGCGGCCAUGGCUACGGUACCCGUGGGUGCGGGCUCCGCUCCCGGCCCCGAGCAGGCGGAUCUGCACGCCGUGCCCAUGGUGGCCCUCAACUACGGCGUGCGGCGCCGCCUCGGCCUUUACCUCAACCCGCGGGCGGCGACCGCGGCAGACUGGACGGCGCUGGCGGAGGAGCUGGGCUGCGACUACCUGGAGAUCCGGCGGCUGGAGGCGCUGCCCGACCCCACGGCCGCGCUGCUGGACGAGUGGCAGAGCCGCUGUCCCGGCGGAGCCACCGUGGGUCAACUGCUGGAGCUCCUGCGGCAGCUGGGCCGGCACGACGUGCUGCUGGAGCUGGCCGGCAGCGUGGAGGAGGACUGCAAGAAGUACUUACGAAGGAAGCGACAGGAGGCUGAGCAGCCACUGCAGGUCCCAGCAGUGGACAGCAGCGUGCCGAAGACGUCAGAGCUGAUGGGCAUCACCACGAGGGAUGAUCCGUACGGGCAUGGAACAGAGAUGUUUGAUGCCUUCAUCUGCUACUGUCAGAAAGACCUUCAGUUUGUCCAGGAGAUGAUCAGAGAGCUGGAGCAAACGGAGUUCAAACUGAAGCUCUGUGUGUUUGAUCGGGAUGUCUUACCAGGCACGUGUGUGUGGUCCAUCAGUGGAGAGCUCAUAGAAAGAAGGUGUCGGAGGAUGGUGGUCGUCAUUUCAGAUGAUUACCUGGAAAGCGAUGAAUGUGAUUUUCAGACCAAAUUUGCUCUCAGUCUUUCCCCAGGUGCUCGUCUCAAGCGGCUGAUUCCAGUCAAGUGCAAGACCAUGAAGAACGAGUUUCCAAGCAUCUUGAGGUUCAUUACAAUUUGUGAUUACACCAACCCUUGCACCAAAAAAUGGUUCUGGACAAGACUGGCAAAAUCUCUCUUGCUGCCAUGAUGCCUUUAUUCAAUCUCUCCUGGCUGUGCCUUUGAACCAUGGUGUUCCUACAGCAUCCCACUGCAGAACUUGGAUCCUUGCAGUCAGCAAGGAGCCUGCAGCCCUUGGAGCCUGCAGCUGGGAGCAAAGAAUUUCCUCUAGCACUUCUUCAUAACUUGGAAAGGGAAAUAGAGCAACUAUGUGGGUGUUCCUAUUCAAGUCAGCGAG